UUAUUCAGCAAAGAAAACUCUACCCAAUACUACUGCAAUGGGUACUUAUGCUCACUGGUUAACCCUUUUGUUUUUGGCCUCUUCAUUUCUACAUAUCACUAAACCCUGUUUGGCUGAGGGAGCUCCAGGAAGUGUGAAAUCAUGCAUUGAGGGAGAGAGACGCGCCCUUUUAAGCUUUAAAAAGGAUGUCACUGAUCCUUCUGGUAGGCUUUCUUCUUGGGUGGGUAACGAUUGUUGUCACUGGAAAGGGAUCUCAUGCGACAAUAGUACCGGUCAUAUUGCAAAGAUGGACCUCCGGAAUACACAUCCAGUUCCACAUGAAGUUAUAUAUCCAUAUUCCAUGUAUAAUGGAUCGGACCGGCAGGAGUUGGCUUAUAAACGGUCUUGCUUGGGAGGUAAGAUAAAUCAUUCUUUGCUUAGCUUGAAGCAUUUAUAUUACCUAGACCUGAGCUCGAAUGACUUUGGAGGGAUUCAAAUUCCGAAGUUCUUUGGACAGCUUAAAAGUUUGAGGUAUCUUAAUCUCUCCAUGACAUCGGUGCAGUCAUUUGGUGGAGAGAUUCCCCCUCAUCUUGGUAACUUGUCAAACUUGAAAUAUCUUGACAUCAGUCAAAAUUUCUACGUAUUAGAUUUCGGAAACUUGAAUAGGCUGUCUUCCAAAAACUUGAAUUGGCUUUCUCAUCUCUCUUCCCUAAGAUACCUCAAUCUCAACGGACUGAAUCUUAGCACUGGAGGAGUAAGUUGGCUACAUGCUGUUAACAUGCUUUCUUCAUUGGUAGAGUUGCAUUUAUCUUCAUGCGAAAUAGGAGAGAACCUUCCACUCUCAUUGAAAACCAAUAACCUCACAUCACUUUUGGUUUUUGAUAUUUCAGAUAGUUUUAUUUAUUCUUCGUUUCCUAGCUGGUUUUUCAAUCUCACCAGUCUCACAAAAUUCAACCUAAGGGAGAACCCUUUCAUUGGUCCUUUUCCUGAUGAAUUCUCAAACCUCAAGUCUCUGGAAUACCUUGAUCUAUCGAGUACUGGACUCAAAGGUCGAAUUCCCAAACUCAUUGGAAAUUUUAGCAAGCUAAGGAUAUUAAAUCUUGCUGAAAACAAAUUGGAUGGGGGUGUUGAAGAACUUCUGUCUGUUUUAUCAUAUUGUACAGAGAAUACAUUGCAGUCCCUAGAUUUGUCUUCUAAUGGGAUGAUGAGCGAAUUACCAACCUCUAUUGGUAUGCCAAAAAUUCUGCAGUACCUUUACCUUAGCGGCAACCGCUUUUGGGGCUCAAUUCCAGAAUCCAUUGGAAACUUGUCAUCAUUGAGAGCACUGGACCUCAGUAGUAAUGAUAUGAAUGGGUCCAUUCCUGAAAGUUUAGGACAACUCUCUCAAUUAAUUGACCUAGAUCUGUCAGGGAAUGUAUGGGAAGGCAUUUUAGCUGAUGCCCAUUUCAUAAAUCUCACAGCAUUACAACACUUUGCAGUAGGAACACACUCAUAUGAGUACCUCGAUUUUAUGCCCAAAGCGAGUGGAGACUCGAACAGAGGACAUAUGUCACUCAUUUUCAGUGUAACUUAUGAGUGGGUUUCCCCUUUCAAGCUUCACACAAUUUACAUUGACAAUUGUCAAGUAGGUCCUAGCUUCGGUGUAUGGCUUCAAUCUCAAACUCAGUUAUCAGAAGUCAUCCUUACUAGUACUGGAAUCUCUGGCACAUUACGAGAGGCAUGGCUCUUGAAGAUCUCUUCCCAAGUUGAAUAUUUAGAUUUAUCUAACAAUCAACUCUCUGGAAAGCUUCCGUUCCAAUUCAUAUUUCCAAAAUUAUAUUACAUAGAUUUGAGUCAUAACCAAUUCAAGGGCCAAUUCCAGCUUUGGUCCACUAAUGCGCCCCUAUUACUUGAAAUGUAUCUUUCCGAUAAUCUUUUGAAAGGUCCUAUUUCACCCUCUAUUUGUAGCUUGCAAUAUAUGCGCAUCCUGUCCCUCAGAAACAAUCAGUUAUCUGGAGAAUUCCCUGAGGCAUGGAGCUUGUGGAGCAAUAUAGGAGUUGUAGAUGUGGCAAACAAUAAUCUCUCUGGUCAUAUUCCAAGCUCCAUGGGUGUCCCAAGCUCUCUUGGAAUAUUGAAGAUGAACAACACUAAUUUUAGCGGUAAAAUUCCUUCUUCCUUGCAAAAUUGCUCUGGUUUGAUGAGACUUGAUCUUGGAGGCAACAAAUUUACAGGAAACCUACCUUUUUGGUUAGGAUCUAAUGUAUCUGGGUUGGAAAUGCUACAGUUGCGAUCCAACUUUUUAAGUGGCCAUAUUCCUCAACAGUUGUGCAAUCUUCCCAAUCUUCAGAUCCUUGACCUUGGUCACAAAAAAUUUUCAGGGACUAUUCCCAAGUGUUUGAGUAGGUUGACAUCACUGGUGAAUGCUAAAGAUUACCAUCUUUGGGGAUACUUUGGGGGUUAUCCUGAAGAAACAACAGUUAUAUCCAAAGGACGAGAACUCGAAUAUGGAAUUCCCAAUUUGGAUUUGGUAAAGAGUAUUGAUCUCUCAUCGAAUCAGUUGAAAGGUGAUAUUCCUGAAGCAAUAACCAAACUUAUUGGAUUGGGUAUCCUGAACUUGUCGAGGAAUCAAUUAAAUGGAAACAUUCCCUCCAAGAUAGGAAACUUGCAUUGGCUGGAAACUCUUGACCUUUCUCACAAUCACCUUUCAGGGAGAAUUCCUCAGAGCUUUUCUUCUUUGACCUCACUGUCUUACUUGAACUUGUCUUAUAACAACUUGAUAGGAAGAAUUCCUUCGGGAAACCAACUCCAAACACUUGAAGAUUCAUCCAUAUAUGAGGGGAAUCCGUCACUGUGCGGGGUUCCUCUUUCUGAUUGCCCAGGAGAUGACAGACCGAUUUCUCCAGAAGAUGAUAAAGAUGAAGAUGAUUAUGGAAGGCUUGGCUUAUAUGUCAGCAUUGUGCUCGGAUUCUCUGUUGGCUUUUGGGGUGUUUGUGGUGUACUUUAAUCAUAAAGAAGUCAUGGAGGUAUGCCUAUUUUAAAUUCUUUGGCAACAUCAAAGAUAAGGCAACGCUAGCAAUUGCUGUGAGAGUAGCACGUUUGCAAAGGAAAAUUUGACUGGCAAAUGAAACAACACAAUAAGAGUUUGUCAUAUAUAUAGUAUGCACGUUGUUUCCUAUAUGAUGUAUAAUGUGUUGUACUUUUCUUUUUUGCUGUAUAGUAUUGUGUUUGCUGGCAAUAAAUCAAAUCAAGGAGGUAUGGUACCUAACUUGA